AUGUGGUCGGACCCGCAGGAGGAGAACGGCGUGCGGCAGAACCCGCGCGGGUCCGGCCUCGUCACCUUCGGGCCCGACUGGACCCACAGGUUCCUCGCCGACACUGGCAUGUCGAUCAUCGUGCGGUCCCACCAGGUGCCGCCGAACAACGACGGCUUCUACCAGCACCACGGCGGCCGCCUCCUGACCGUCUUCAGCGCCUCCAACUACUGCGGCGUCGCCGGCAACCAGGGCGCGGUGCUGAUCUACCGGCCAGGCCAGCCCCUCGAGGCCGUCAGGCAUUGGGCUCCAGAUUUCCGGCAGAUCGCCGAGGUCGUCAUCGACACCCCAGAGGUGGGCCCCGCCGCGGAGGCGGUGCCCGAGGCGGCGCGCGCCCAGCGGAGGCAGCAGCGCAAGAGCACCGCCUCGUCGAUGGAGGUGCUCGCCAAGGGCGGCGACGCCAAGGCCGCCCGCACGGAGCGGCUGGAGAAGCAGGGUCACGAGGGCCCCGAAGUGGCCCUCGAGACGGGCCACGAGGGCCCCGAAGUGACCCUCGAGAUGGCCUGA